AUGUCUGUAGUUUAUUCCAAACUGCCCUCACAGCUGAAGAGGCCUUCCGUGGCGAGAAAAGCGGUUUUUCUUCUGGUCGCCGCUUAUGGGUUGAAAAAGCUUUAUCCGUACGUUUCUGGGAGGCUCAAGCGAGGACCUUCAAGUCCACACUUGCCGCAGACGAACGGAGAGCCGCUGGCAGUGACGGAGAGGCGGAGAAAGAAGAGGACCUCACCGGCAGUUAACCGCGAGUUUCUGGAGCGCCUGAUCCGCCUCCUGCGCAUCCUCUUCCCGCGGAUCUUCUGCAAAGAACUCGGGCUGCUGGGCUUCCACUCGGUGGCCCUAGUUUCACGCACAUUUCUGUCCAUUUAUGUGGCCAACCUAGAUGGUAAAAUAGUGAAGACCAUAGUCAAGAAAGACCCCCAGGCCUUCGUAUGGGAGCUGACCAAAUGGCUGCUCAUUGCCAUCCCUGCUACCUUUGUGAACAGUGCUAUCCGUUACCUGGAGGGCCAGUUGACCCUGGCCUUCCGCACCAGGCUGGUGUCCUAUGCCUACCAGCUCUACUUCAGCAACCAGACCUACUACCGUGUCAGUAACAUGGACGGGAGGCUGGCCAACCCUGACCAGUCUCUGACGGAGGACAUAGUCAUGUUUGCCGGCUCCGUGGCCCACCUGUACUCCAACCUCACCAAGCCCAUCCUGGACGUGGUCAUGACCUGCUACACUCUCAUAAAAACGGCCAAGUCCAAGGGCGCCAACACCACAUGGCCCUCGGUCAUUGCUGGCAUCGUGGUGGCCCUCACCGCCAAAAUCCUGAGGGCGUUCUCACCCCGCUUUGGCAAGCUGGUGGCUGAGGAGGCCAAGAGGAAAGGGGACCUGAGGUACAUGCAUUCCCGCAUCAUUGCCAACUCCGAAGAGAUCGCCUUCUACGGGGGUCACAAGGUGGAGAUGUCGCAGCUGCAGCGGAGCUACAAUGCGCUGCGCUCGCAAAUCAACCUGAUCCUUUUCAAGCGCCUGUGGUACGUCAUGCUCGAGCAGUUCCUCAUGAAAUACCUGUGGAGCGCCUCUGGUCUCGUCAUGGUUGCUGUGCCCAUCAUCACAGCCCCGGGUUACUCCCAACAAGAUUCAGAGGAUGUGAAGCAGGCGGCGAUGGUGAUGAAGGAAGAGGAUCUGGUGAGCGAGCGGACGGAGGCCUUCACCACAGCACGGAACCUUCUGAACGCAGGAGCCGACGCUGUGGAGAGGAUUAUGAGCUCCUACAAGGAGGUGACAGAGCUGGCUGGCUACACAGCGCGUGUGUAUGAGAUGUUUGAUGUGUUUGAGGAAGUGCGCGGUGGGGUGUUUCGGCGCUCUGUAGAGGAGGUACAGGGCGAACCAGCGCGCGGGGGAUCGCGGGAAGUUAAACAUGGUGUGCGCGUGGAGGGACCCCUACUCAUUCGAGGUCAAGUGAUUGACGUCGAGCAAGGCAUCAGGUGUGAGAACCUGCCCAUUAUAACGCCCACUGGUGAUGUGGUGGUGUCCAGCCUCAACAUCAAGGUCGAUGAAGGAAUGCACCUUUUAAUCACAGGGCCGAAUGGCUGUGGGAAGAGCUCCAUGUUCCGGAUCCUGAGCGGCCUGUGGCCCGUCUACAGCGGAGUGCUCUACAAACCUCCACCUCAGCACAUGUUCUACAUCCCUCAGAGGCCGUAUAUGUCAGUGGGCACUUUGCGGGACCAGGUCAUUUACCCUGACACGGCUCAGGAGAUGAAGGAGAGAGGCUUCACUGACCAGCAGCUGGAGGGAAUCCUCCGCACUGUCAACCUCCUGUACAUCCUGGAGAGGGAGGGAGGUUGGGACGCAGAGAGUGACUGGAAGGACGUCUUGUCCGGAGGAGAGAAGCAGAGAAUGGGCAUGGCCAGGAUGUUCUACCACAAGCCUAAAUACGCUCUCCUGGACGAAUGUACCAGCGCUGUUAGCAUCGACGUGGAGGGCAAAAUCUUUGAAGCUGCAAAGGAUGCUGGGAUUGCACUUCUCUCAAUUACACACCGUCCAUCUCUCUGGAAGUACCACACCCACCUGCUGCAGUUCGAUGGAGAGGGUGGCUGGCGCUUUGAAAAGCUGGACGCGUCCACCCGUCUGUCUCUGCAGGACGAGAAAUUGCGGUUGGAGACGCAGCUCUCGGGCAUCCCCAAAAUGCAGCAGCGUCUGGCCGAGCUGUGCAGCAUUCUGGGGGAAGACAGCAGGCUGGUGAGCCCCGGGGAGCGAGAGGAGGAGGAGGAGGAGGAGGAGAUGGGACAGAGGGUGCAGCAACAGCAGGAAGAGAGGGAGGAGAGAGAUGUGUUCCCUGCUGAACAGGAAAAAAGCCUUAUGGAGUGAUUUGCUGCCAGGUGACAGAGACGCGUUCAAGGCCAGCUGAGGGCGAGGGUGUGCGAGAGUGAGCGAGUGUGUCUGUGGGGGUUGGUGAAGAAUCUGGAGUGAAUAAUCGUAGUUCAGGUGUAGACAGUAGAGGCCUUCCCAAGCUGUGAGUUCCAUGCAUGUUUGUGCAUGUGUGAAUUUGUGUGUCAUGUGUUUUUUUUUUUCUUUUGUCUGUGUGCGAGUGUUUGAAGCUUAACGUCCUAGACUGUGUGUGUUUGUGUGCGUUAGAGGCGAUGGCGGGGGGGAUGCAGGGGGGGGGCAUAAGGCAGCUGCCAGCUCUUCCAGGUGCGGCGGAUGAUGAAAGCACCCAUGAAAGCAGCUCCAUCCCUUGUUAUUGCAAUUCUCUGCAGAAUUCUCUCAAACUCUCUGGCACCUAGGCAGCAGUGUGUGUGUGUGUGUGUGUGAGCAGUGUAGAGAUUAAUAUGAGAAAGGGCUGCUGUUGGAUCAGUGACUGAAACUGUGUAUGUAGUAGUACUGUUCACUUUAAUAAUAGUUAAUAGGGAUCACAGGUGGAAAAUUCAGGCCCAGAAAAUAAAAUCCUCACCAGGAUUGUGUUCCAAUUGCUUGGACACCUGUACUGCUGGUUUGAGCUAAUCAUAGAGGAAAGGUGGAGAAGGAUUUUUACUUUUGGAGCCUGUCCACCUCUACUAGGGAUGCGCCGAAAAUUUGUCCACUGAAAACUUUUGGCCAAGAUGGUAAAAAAUGACACUUUCGGUUUCAGGCUAAAAGGGAAGAAAGAGUGAAAUUUGUGACUAAAAAAGACUAAAUAUGCCUACAACAAAGUGUCAGAAUCUUCAUAACUUCACAAAUAAUUUGUAAUGUUAAAGAAAAUACAAACGUUGAUUGCAUUGAUUGCACCAGUCAGCCCAGAUGCAUUAAAACAGUUUGAGCAGCAGCAAAUAAACAGUGAAAAUCUGGCCUCUUAGAACUAUUUCACAGAGACAUUAGACAAUCGAUUUAUAAUCUCUGUUCAUUCCAAGAACUCAGUGACCGACAAGAUCCACCGCACUGUACAAUAAAAAAUGAACUACAAUCACGAGAACACUUUCAUCAGAAUGACUGCACCAGGGCUGCAUUUCACAAACGCGCUGCAAAUAUAGAAAACGCAUUCUUCAGAAUUGCCCUCACAACACAUAGGAGAUGUUUCGGGAGGGAAACUGAAAGAGGAUGAAGAAUCUAAACUUUUAAAUUCUAAUUAGCAAAAACAUUCACCUGUAAAAAUAAUUUUUAUAACUUUUAUUUGAACAGAUAACUAAUAUCACUGUAUCGUAAUGGGAGUUAACUGUAGAAAUUUAAAAUAGCAGUACCAGAUAUGACUGAUAACUGCCUGUAGCAUCACCAGGGAUUGAACUUGCGAUCUCCUGAUGGUAAAGCCAGUGCUUGCACACUCAGGAGCCCUUAUUAACUUCUGUCAGUGAUUUCCCUCAUGGAUAUUCCAGAUAUUCCAUGCUCUUUGAGAAUCUUCCAGAAACACUUCUGUUUUGCGGCUCACUUCCAUUGUGUUGUGACUGGAAGUUGCAUGUGUUUUCUGUAUUCACAGCAUGUUUGUAAAAUGUAGCUCUGGAAUCAGCGUGUUCAUGGAAGUGUUUUUGAAUUUGUAUCACUUUUAUGAGUUUGAAAUGCGUUUUACAACCCUCUUAACACAUUAUAUGAGUAUUAAGAGGGUUUACAACACCCAGAAACUUCUCCACUACAGGUUUGAUACCACUUGAAAACAUGACCUCACUCAAUACACCAAGAAUGCACCAAAUUAAAUUAAAAUGAUCAAAUGAU